GUUUGCAGGAUGAUGGCAAUGGAAACAGCAAAUCACAGCCACCUCAGGGGAGAGACCUGAACGGCCAGCAAGUCUCCAGGAAUCCCUGCAAGCAGACACAAGCUGUAACUUCAUAUUCUAAUGAAGGAACCCAAGUGACAGUGGAGGUUCAUCCCAAGAAUGCCACCCCACAACUCUUCAAGAAACUGUCCUUUGGAAAAGGUCCCCAGAGGCUGCCCAGUCUGAGAGGUCAGGACAACAAAGGUUUCCAGAAGACUGAAGCCCCACGGCCACCAGGAGGAAAAGACCUUCAUGCAUAUCCAUGGGACAAAUCCUCUUUGAAAUCCAUACCAGUAGAUCUGCAGCAAUUUGAGAAGCUGGAUGCCUACGCAUUAAAAGUGAACGUCAAGAACAGCGUGGAGGAGCUGGUGAAGGCCCUGCUCAAACAGGCCAGGACUGACCUGGAGAAGGUCAGAGCCAUAUGGAUCUGGAUAUGCCACCACAUAGAAUAUGACGUAGUGGGCUACCACAACAAAAGCCAGGUCUCCAGCAAGCCCCUGGACGUGCUUCAGACUGGGAAGAGCAUUUGUGAGGGAUAUGCUGGGCUCUUUGAACAAAUGUGCAGUAUUGCAGGUAUCCAGUGCAUGAAGCUGUUUGGAUACUCUAAAGGGUAUGGGUACAAGAUGGGGCAGACCUUCACAGGGGACUCUGACCAUGCCUGGAAUGCUGUCUACCUUGAUGGAAGGUGGCAUCUGCUCGAUAGCACCUGGGGAAGUGGUUCUGUGGAUGACUCCUUCACCAAGUUCACAUUCAGGUACAAUGAGUUUUAUUUCCUGACUCACCCCGCUCUCUUCAUCAACAAUCACUUCCCAGAUAACAGCAACUGGCAGCUUCUUAAACCCACCCUGACGCUGAAGGAGUUUGAGAACAACAUGCUGCACAAGAGUAAUUUUUACAUGUUGGGCCUGCUGACUGCACACCCAGAGACAGCUGUCAUCCAAACAG